UACGGGGUGUUGUGUUCAUGCAUAUGGUGAUUUAUCUUCAAUGCUGUUUUUCUUGUCUUGGAUUCUUUGCUGUAUGUACUUGGAUAUGCAGAUAGACUGCAAUUGCUGUUAAUAAAGCUCAAUAUAGAGAGCUUCGUAUUCUACAUCAGCGAGAAAGUCACCAGCCACUCUAUUGCUCAUGCAUUUUUCAAAUACAAGUGGCAGCAACCAAGCCUGGCCUAGGGAAUGCCUGUGUGGCUUUAACGAGCCAAGGAACAAUAAAAGCGGAGGCCUAAAACAUUGGUAUAAAAAAUAAUUUGGACUGGCACGCUUAAGCAACUCCCUCUUUGAUACAUCCUUCGAAAUGGCCAAGUCCACCCAAAAGCGUUCGACUCUUGCUGACGUUGUCACUCGUGAAUACACCAUCCACUUGCACAAGUUGGUUCACGGCCGUUCGUUCAAGAAGAAGACUCCCCAUGCCGUCAAGGCCAUCAAGGAGUUCGCCACCAAGGCCAUGGGUACCCAGGAUGUCCGUGUCGACCCUGGUUUGAACAAGGCCUUGUGGGCGCGUGGUGUCCGCAACGUCCCCCACCGCAUCCGUGUCCGCAUUGCCCGUAAGCGUAACGACGAUGAGGACGCCAAGGAGAAGCUUUACUCCAUGGUCACCUUCGUUCCCACUGGCAACAACGCUAAGGGUUUGGAGACCGUCGUUGUCGAUGACGAGUAAAUCUUUCGUUCACGUCUCGCUCUUUCUUAGUUUAAUCGUUUGAUACAACUGGUCAAAAAUAAACAAAGUGGGCAAUCAUUGGAAUGUACAUAGUUCUUUUGUCUGUGUUGGUGUUAUUAUUGUUAUUCACGGCGUGCAAGCGUUUGCUCGAAAACUUUUAAGAUCUUGUACGCAUGAAAUCAUUUUUGAUCGAUCUAUGGUUUGAUCUUGAAAUCUCUCUUAAUAAUCGUUCACUUAAAUGUUUUAUAAUUUUGGAGUGAGUGGUGGCUUCCAUAACAAAGAAUAACAGGUCGUACAAGCCAUGACAACCGUUGUCACUUUACUGGUGACAAUUGUAUGAAGAAAAACUUCUCACAUGUAGAGAAAAGCUGACCUGUUCGUGACAGAACGCGAAAUAUACGGUUUCUUGGGAAAAUGUGCGUUGCACUGAACAGUCUCCUAUCGCAC